AUGGCUGAACAGGUCAGUAGCUCACCCUUUCUCAGGCCUUUCUUUCUGAAGACCCCACUGCGUGUGUCCAGCCCACUACGCCAGCGACGACACACGCUACCCGCCAGCGAAUUCCGCAACCUCACGCCUCAGGAUGCCAUCAGUGUGUUUGAGAUAGAGAGAGAAGCCUUCAUCUCUGUGUCCGGGGAGUGUCCGCUGACCCUGGACGAGGUCCUAAACUUCCUGGGUCAGUGUCCGGAACUUUCCAUGGGCUGGUUUGAAGAGGGCCAGCUGGUGGCUUUUAUCAUUGGCUCUGGUUGGGACAAAGAGACACUUGCACAGGAAGCCAUGACUACACACAUCCCUGACUCCCAGACCGUCCACAUCCAUGUGUUGUCUGUUCAUCGUCACUGUCGGCAGCAGGGGAAAGGUUCAAUCCUCCUCUGGCGCUACCUGCAGUACCUGCGCUGUUUGCCGCGGCUUCGCAGAGCCCUGCUGGUCUGCGAAGAGUUCCUGGUGCCCUUUUACCAAAAAGCAGGCUUUAAGGAGAAAGGCCCAUCUGCCAUCACAGUGGGGGCUCUUAGCUUCAUGGAGAUGGAGUAUCAGCUGGGAGGCUUGGCCUACGCGCGACGGAACAGCGGCUGUUAG